UACGCUCUCCGCAACACGUACUCGUACUUGACGCCCGACCUCUGGGCCGAGAACAAGUUCGGCAAGACCCCGUACCAGGAGCACGCCGACUUCCUCUCGAAGGUCAUUGCCAAGAAGUAAAUCUUGACAAGAUUCAAGGAUUGACGGGGGAGAGCGCACGGACGAGCGCUACGGUGCGUAGGUGUCGACCCCCGCCAUCGACGACUUGUAGAGUAGAGAGGCAGAAUGGGAAAGCUAGUUUGGCUGCAGUUGCGUAGGUGGCGACCCACUCUGUAACUCUAAUUUAUCGAGCUGUUGAUGCACAA